UCAAAAAACAUGGCGGUCUGUUGUGUGGUCUCAUGUGACUGAUGAAGACGUAAACUCUUCUGAUAUUGUGGCUUAAAAGUGAUUUUUGCUGCGUUCAAAUUCAGAUUUCCGACAUGGCCACUCCAAGAAAGCAAAGUAAAAAGGAAACUAAAAAGUACAUUCCAACUAAGACGUCUCUCACCUCACCCUUCACCCCGACAUGGAGCCCACUCCCUCAGGAAGACAUGCAGUUCAUCCUAAAAACCCUGAAGGACAAGCUGACCUCCAUGGGUCUUGAAAAGAAGGAGGUGAAAUUUUUCCAGCCAUGGAGGAAAAAGAAGGAGCAGAAAGUUGCUGCUGUCAUGACAGAACCUGCUGUCCAGGCACAGGAUGCUCCCAAAAACGGCUGGACAGAUGUGGCAGCCAGACGACAGCUAGCUAUUGGCAUCAACGAAGUCACCAAGGCUCUGGAGAGAAAUGAGCUCAAGCUGGUGCUGGUGUGCAAGUCUGUCAAACCCAGUCACAUGACGAGUCACCUGAUUCCGCUGAGUGCAACGAGGGGAGUGCCGGCGUGCCAGGUGCCUCGUCUGAGUUUGAGCGUGUCUGAGCCACUGGGGCUGAAAAGUGUCCUCGCACUGGGAUUCAGACAGUGUCCCUCCAGUGGUGAGGAGGUCUUCAAUGACACUGUUGAUGCCAUUAUGCCCAGAGUACCUCCACUCAAUGUUGCAUGGCUACCUGUUAAAGCACCCACUCUCACACCUGAGGGUCCUGAAGACGCAGAGGAGACAGAGACUGGAGACAAGAGAGGACAGAAAAGGAAGAUGGCGAGUGAAGGUGAGGAGGUCACAGUGUCUCCCUCCUCCUGCUCUCUGCUGCCUCUCACAGUGAAGAAAAUAGUUCCCAACCCUGCAAAGCAAAGAAAAAGUAAAGUUAAGAAGAAAUAGCCCUUAUAUUUAAAGAGUAGCCCAUGACGGCCUGAAAUUUGAUUUUGAGCUUAGGAAGCUUUUACUCAUCUUUGUUUUUUUACCUCACGGUUGAACAACCCAUGAAAAAUGUCUCAGUGGGAUCUGAGAAAUUUUGUUGCUCAUAUUUAUUUAACUGACAAAAAUAUCAGAUUAAUCAAUAAUGAAAAUAUUUGUUACGUGCCUUUUUAUUGCAUGAUAAUGAAACUGGCUUUUUUUUUUACUUGAGCUUAAAAAGGAGCAGACAUGUAUCUAAGCCAAAUUAUUAUUGGCUGGGUACGGGAUCAACAUGGUUAGGUCUUAAAUUUUGUUCAUAAUUCACCAUAAUAUACUCAGAGGAAGCAAUUAUUGGAUGGAAGACGUGGGGCAUUCUGAUCGUAGUCACACUGUGUAGACAUGUUUAUAUGCCUUAAAUUAGAUGACUGUCCUAUUGGAUAUAGGAACAUUCUACUAUUACUAUUAUACUAAUGCAAACACCAUGAUCUAAAUGAUGUCUUACUUAAAGUCAGUAUUUACAUUAUUGUAUCCAUGUUUAUUUGGUGUGAGAAGAUUUGACUUACUUGUGCACUACAACAGUUGUUUGUGCUUGGAGUUUACAAUAAAGACACAAGAAUGAA